UUGGUUGUCCAUCACAACUCAAAACACUAAUCAUUACUUGGGUAACUUACUGCUUUUAUUUUGAAAAACGGUGUAGGAAGGGCGCAUACCUUUUUUGGGUCGGCCGCUGUCUUGGGUCGUAAACGGGACACGUUUGGUUCCUAAUGGCCGGAGAAGAGCGACAAGGGGCUUGUUUUAUUGGCGGAAAGGAAACGCUAGCCACAGAAAGCGGUGAAAAUCAUAUACGCAACGCCAGGAAGUGAAAAAAUGUGGACGCACGUUGUAUUGUUAAUUAUUAACUCAUUAAACACUCCAUGUUAGACGCAGGUGUUCGCUUAAACACUGUCAGAAAUAUCUUAAAGUAAAUUCCAUGUAUAAUAGUGAUCUUGCACUGCUUUAAUGUCAACAAAACAUUCAGAAAUAGCUUAAUCUUACAUUAAAAAAAAUAAAAAAGAUAAAUCAGUAGAUACCUUUUACAUUAACAUUUUAUUGAUUGAGCUCAACCGUACCUUUGCUCUUGUGUGUUAAUAAUUGUACAGAGUGCUACAGUAGACGAUUGUGGGACACUGAGUGAUCUCACUCUAUCGCUGGCAACCAUGAGACUCGUUGUCUGUUUUCUUUCUCUGCUCACUGUGUUCAGCCCUGGAGAAUGUGGGAAUGUUUUAGUCUGGUUUACUGAGGGCAGUCACUGGAUCAAUCUGAAGAUUGUGUUGGAAACGUUGAUUGACAGGGGACACAGUGUCACUGUGCUGGUGCCAGAUGCCUCUCUCUUCAUGCAUGCCAAAGAAUCAGAUCGCUUCUCCUACCAGCCAUUCAAUGUGUCUAUAUCUGCACAGGACAUAGAGGACUCCUUUGAGGAUUUUUUACAUUUCUCAAUGUAUGAGAUGGAACAGUUAAACUUACUGCAAAUUUAUAUCAAAUUCUACCAGCUUUUCUCCAAAGAUCUAGAUUUGUGUUUUACAUACUGUGAUGGUACUCUGAAGUCUCCAGCGUUGAUCGACAAACUGCAGCGUGGGAAGUUUGACGUCAUGCUGUCAGAUCCGAUCUAUCCAUGCAGCGAGGCUUUAGCUGAAAAGCUGAACAUUCCCUUAGUUUACACAUUACGGUUCUCUAUCGCUAACACUUUAGAGCGGAUGUGUGGUCAGAUACCAGCUCCACCAUCAUUUGUUCCUGGAACAAUGAGUAAACUCACAGACAAGAUGAGCUUCACAGAGCGAAUCAAAAAUAUGCUCUUCUACCUUUCUCAAGAUGCUUUGGCCAUUAGUCUGUGGAAAAAAAUCGACAACUAUUACACUGAAUAUUUUGGACGGCCCACUUCCUAUUGUGAGAUGAUGGGUAAAGCUGAUAUCUGGUUAAUCAGAACCUACUGGGAUUUUGAGUUUCCACGGCCAUUCCUGCCCAACUUCAAAUACAUUGGAGGCCUUCACUGCACCCCUGCCAAACCAUUACCUAAGGACGUGGAGGAGUUUGUGCAGAGCUCAGGGGAUGAUGGGAUUGUGGUCUUCACUCUGGGGUCCUUGGUAAACAACAUGACCAAAGACAGGAGCAAUACGAUCGCCUCUGCACUGGCACAGAUUCCACAGAAGGUUUUAUGGCGAUAUGGUGGAGAGAAGCCAGAUACUCUUGGUGAAAACACCAGAAUUUAUAAGUGGAUCCCUCAGAAUGAUUUAUUGGGUCACCCUAAAACCAGAGCAUUCAUCACUCAUGGAGGCACUAAUGGCAUAUAUGAGGCCAUAUAUCAUGGCGUUCCAAUGGUCGGGAUCCCCUUGUUUGGUGACCAGCCUGAUAAUUUAGUUCAUAUGAAGGCCAAAGGUGCUGCUGUUAUCAUUGACUUCAACAGUAUGCAGAUUCAAGACCUGGUGGAUGGACUCAAUGCUGUCAUUAACGAUCUCUCGUAUAAAGAGAACACUAUGCGUUUGUCCAGGAUUCAUCAUGACAGACCAGUAAAGCCUUUGGAUGAGUCUGUGUUCUGGAUUGAGUUCGUCAUGCGCAAUAAAGGCGCUAAACACCUGCGUGCCGAGGCCCACAACCUUACCUGGUACCAGUACCACUGUCUGGAUGUGUUCGCUUUUCUCAUCACUGUCCUGACUGUAGUUCUCUAUGUUUUCUUUAAAAUGUGCAAAUUCUUCAUAAUGCAUUGCUGUUUUAGAUCAAAGAGGAAAAGCAAAAAAGAGUGAUUGAUUUUGACUG